GCAGAACAACAACAACACAAACAAAAACAAAGCCGCCUUCGCCUGGCUUGCUUCCCACACCUUAUUCCUCGCGCUGUUCACUGAUUUUCAUCGCUGCUGUCUCCCCAUCCAAAAAACAACCUGCACUCUUGUUGUUGCUGAUUUUGCUGCUGCUGUUGGUGGGGUGUUGUUGUUGGUGCCGCCCUCAACGCGAUUGGCUUCAUUUUCCCUUCACCGUCUGCUUUCUGCCGUUGCUGCUGCUUCCCCUUCUCGCUCCUUGAACAAAAGCGAUGACGAUGACAGCAGCCACCGAGCUGCUGCUGACACUGCUCGUCCUGUGUGGCUCAGUGGCGGUAGCGAAUGCACAAGUGUUGCUGCCAAGCCCCGCAGUAGAUGUUCAGUCGCUUGACCAGGACAUUGCAAGUUUCGAUGCUGUCCAGCAGAUUGCCAGACGUUCAGCAACAAGCCUGGUCGAUCCGUACAACCGCGAUGAAGUGAUUGCGCUCUACAAGACGGAGUUCAAGGACACACCGGUCCCAGGUCUUGGGUGGACUGGCGACGUCCGGGAGUGUGAGGCCGGCACCACCUCACUCCAGCACCAACAGGCCGUCGUCAACCGCAUCAACUUUUACCGCGAGCUGGCUGGCCUCUUCCCACUUAGUCUGCGCGAGGACCUCAGCGUGUACCCGCAAGCAGCGGCCCUAAUGUUCAGCGCAGAAGGCCGCACCGCCCACUACAACACCGAGGGCUUUGCCUGCCAUUCACCAGAGGCCGGUGAGGCAGCAGCGUGGUCCAACAUCGCCAUUGGCAUUGGUGGCGUGGCAGCAGUGGAUGCGUUCAUGGACGACUACGGCGCGAUCAACACCGGCGUUGGCCACCGCCGCUGGUUCCUCUCGCCGCGCCUCCACGGUGUUGCUGUUGGUGAUGUCCCCGAGAAUGGCGCGCACAUGGCAAGCAACGCCAUCUUCUUCAAGCACAUGCUUGGCCCAGCCAGCAGCACGCGCGAGUUUGUUGCCUGGCCUUCCCCAGGCUUCUUCCCCAAGCAGGUGCUCCCGACAUCUCGCCGAUGGUCCAUCACCAUCCCCUUUGCAGACUUUUCUUCCACCACCGUGUCUGUCCAUCGGGAUGGGGUGCGUCUGGCCAUCAAGCAGCUGCCGCUCCAGCCGCUGCUUGACCCUGCGCUCGUCUGGGAGAUGCCACAGGAUGACGUGCUGAGCACAGCUGACGACGUCACGUACACCGUCUCUGUCCGCGGUUUCACCGUUCCAGGCAGGCCCGGCUUCACCCGCGUUGACUAUUACACCGUCGUCGUUUCAUUGCCAGCAGAUGUGUGUGACACGCCAGUCAUUAGCGGUGCCACCGGCUUUGCUGCUCGUAUCAACGGCGAGUACACCCGCACGAGCACAUUCCAGGACUACCCCGUCUACUCCAACGGUGACAUGCUCGCCUACUCCGACGGUCUUGGCUGGUACUUUGGCCCAGUCAUCAGAGGCUCUGUGUACGCGUACGUGCGCAAGCAAGGUGCCACGCCCGUGUUGGUGGAUGACGUCACAGGAUCGGCGAAGGUCUACUCGCCAAGUGCUGGAGGCUAUGUCUUGGACCGAGCAAUUGUUGGACACUGUGCGACGGUUGAUUCCACUACGACGACCACGACGACGACGACGACGACAAGUACCACUCCGCCUACAACCACAACCACAACCACAACCACAACAACCACAACAACCACAACCACAACAACUACGACAACCACGACAACCACAACCACAACCACAACUGGCACAACCACGACAACCACAACGACCACAACAACAACUACUACUACCACCACGGCCACCAUUGCCACGACCACGACCACGACCACGACGACCUCAUCUUCCGAAGAGAUGACGUCAACACAGCCGGAGACAAGCACAAGCACAGUGGUCACCUCGUCCUCACAAGGGUGCGGUGGCCUGCCUUCCCUCAUGUCACGCUGGACAUGCAAGCAGCAUUGCGGCGCGAUAGGCCUUGACUGGACGCAUCACCCUCGCUUCAAGGGCUGCACCGGGGUGUGCCGCUGUGGCUGCGCCACGCAGUAUGAUGUCAUGCCCAAACGACAGUGCAAGAAGCAUUGCAGAUCUCAAGGAAAACGCUUCUGGCACGGGUCUGUGGACGCCUGCAAGAAGGUGUGCAAGUGCAUCUAAUAAUGAUCGUCCGGACAACCUGGCAGAAAACCGCAAACCACUCCCGUUAUUCCUUGCCACGAAAGUCUCCUGCUCGUGAUCCCUUCCUGCCAGUUCAAUAACAAGCACAACGAUGGCAACACUGUUCUCAACCACACACGCACGCGCGCGCACUAUUGUGCACCAUUCGCCAUUUUCCGGUUUCCAUACGACCCAGUAUCCUACUCAGUUGCGUCAAACAGUUGAUGCGAACGGUCUUAGCUCCCUUUAUUCCCCGUUCCCUUUGACUACACCUUGUUCCCCACCAUGCGCCGUUGAGGCUGGUUCCUUCGACUCCAUGAACGCGUGUUGCCAUCCAUCUAUUCGUCUCCUUUGUCUGCAUUGCCCACGGUUUUGAGUGCCUGGCACGGAGGCAAGCGCACCUCCCAUCUCAUCGCUUGCCCCCUCUCCCGGGCAUGCAACAUCUUCCUCCUCCGGUUUUAUUGUUGGGCAUGCUUCAGUCGCUGGCGCCCCUGUUGUGGUCACAACCACCUGUGGCUUGUUGAUUUUCUUGCUUAUUCUCCAAGGCUACACGCACCCGCCGCACCCCCCCCUCUCUCUCUUGCUGCUUUUCAAACGUAGUUCUCCCAUCAAAUUGACAUUUCCGUCGAAUACACGUUGAUUGCAAACAUAC